AUGUUUCCUCGCAACACCGUCAGCCCGCUGCUGCCGGCGAAGCGGAAGGUUCCGCCAGAAGAGCAGCAGCAGCAGCAGCAACAGCAGCAGCAGCAGCAGCAGCUUCUGCCGACCCUUCCUGUGGCGUUAGAGACCCACCACCUGUACAGACAGCUCUUCUCGCCGCAGCAGCAGCAGCAGCACGCGCUGCAGCACCGAACAGAUCUGCAGAUCGUACAGAGCUUGCUGGAGGCGUGCCCUCUGCGAGUGCCUGCUGCUGAGCUCGUUGCGGAUAAGCUGGGGCCCCGCGCGCUGAGGCUGGAUGACAGCAGGAAGCAGCAGCAAAAGCGGCAACAGCAGCAGCAGCAGCAGCAGCAGCAGCAGAAGCAGCAAAAGCAGCAGAAGCACAAGUUAAAGCUCUCCCGUACCCAAGCGAAACGCCUCGGCCUCUUUGAUGUUGCAGCAGAGUUCGGCUACAGCAGCAGCAGCAACCGCCGCAAGCAGCAGCAGCAGCAACAGCAGCAGCAGCAGCACAAUGGCUUGGGGCUUCAAGAUUUGCUGCCUUUGUUUCAGUUGUGGCAGCAGUAUGCCUUAUCGGUUUGCGGCGUAGAGGCGUCAGCAGCAGCAUGCGGCAGCAACAGCAGCAGCAACAGCAGCAGCAGCAGCAGCAGCAGCGGAAGCAAGAGCAGGAAACAGAAGGGGGGUGGGGCCCCUGGGGGCCCCCAGGGGCCCCCCAAGUUAUCUGCCUUCAGCAGAUGCGGUGUAGCAGCACAAAUGGAUUUGCACGGGGCUUGGGUGUCUGUACACCGCAGCAGCUGCCCUUCUUUAUGCGGAAUUGCAGGUCUUGUAGUGCUGGAUACGCAGCAGUGUUUGCUGCUGCUGGGUGCUGACGGUGUCCUUCGCCGGCUUCGGCGAGGAGUGUUCACGGGGGCCCCAGGGGCCCCUGAGAUACCUGGGGGCCCCUCCUCAAACUGCAGCAUAGUUGUGGGCCCCAUGGAGUCUCCAACUCCGCUGCCUCUGGGAGGCGGUGUGCGCUGGCGGCUGCUGCAGACACUUGACCCUGCUGCUGCUCGCCAGCUGCAGCAGCAACAGCAGCAGCAACAGCAGCAGCAACAGCAGCAGCAGCAACUGCUCGGCCAACGUGGCGAUCCAUUUAGGCUGCUCCCUCUUCCCACCGUGACUAACAGCAGCAGCAGCAGCAGCAGCAGCAGCAGCAGCAGCGGCAGCAGCAGCGGCAGCAGCGGCAGCAGCAGUAGCGCCAGGUGCUAUGAGAGCAGCAGCAGCAGUAGUAGUAGCCCCCACAAAAGCAGCAGCAGCAGCAGCAGCAGUUCGAGCAGCUGGAUCCUUAGCAGUGGCGACUACGGGGGCAGCAGCAACAACAGCAGCAGCAGCAGCAGCAGCAGCAGCAGCAGGACAGCAGGAGCAGCAGCAGCAACAGGGCCCGAUAGUGAUUCAUGUAGUGACUCGUUGUCUGUGGGGCCCUGGCGCUUUCGGAAGGAGACAGCAGCAGCAGCACUGCAGCAGGUGUCUCUGCUGCAGCAGACAGGGCUGGUGAGUCUGCUGUCUGAGGGGGUAAAGAAUGUAGAGACCCUUUGCUGCUGUGCGCAUGCAAGUUGCUGCUUAGCUGCAUACUGCGGCUCUGCAGCAGCAGCAGCAGCAGCAGAGAAGGCCCUGGAGACCCUGACACCUCCGCCGUUCUGGGGGGGCCCCCAUGAGGGCCCGCAGCAGCAGCAGCAGCAGCAGCAGCAGCAGCAGCAGCAGCAGGGGGGCCCCCCAGACCCUGUGCUGCUGCUCUUUAGAGGCUUUUGCUGCAGCGUUGCUGAGGGCCUUGAGGAGACACAUGAAGUAGGUGUCUCCUCUGCUUUGCUGUACGAUCUGCUUACUGCAGGGGGAAGGGCCCCCCCCUGUCCCCCAGACCCUCAGACAGCAGCAGCAGCAGCAGCAACAGCAGCAGACGGAGACACAGCAGCAGAAGCAGCAGCAGCAAUGGAGACAGUUGGGGAGCUGCUGCCGGCUCUAGGGCCCAUAGAAGCAACCCGACUCAUAUGCUGCGUGAGGCGGCUUGCUGCAGCAGAUGUGCAGCUAUUCCCUGCUUGGCGUCUGCAGCAGCAGCAGCAGCAACAGCAGGGGCUGCUGCAGCAGCAGGUGGAGCAGCAGCAGGUGGAGGAGGAAGCGGCAGCUGCAGCAGGGGUUUGCUGCUCGCCUAGGCCUCCCCUUGCUGCUUCUUUGUCUGCUGCAGCAGCAGCAGAUAUCAUUGCUGCUUCUUCAAUUGUCUCCAACCCAAAGGGCCUUGAGGCAUUGUUAAGGGGACAUUCAGAAGCUGAGGAGACACCGCAUGCUGCUGCACAGACAGCUGCUGCAGAACUGCACCAAAGCCUCGCUCAGCUGCUGCAGCGCAGCAGCAGCAGCAGCAGGCCCUCUGCAGCACCUAAGAGCGUCUCUACACCUUGCCGCACGCUGCCUCCAGCCAGCGAGGGCAGGCCUCGCGCUGCAGCAGCGGAGACUGCUGCUGCUGCUUCAGGGGUCAGUUUGCCUAAGUGGGGAAUGCAGCAGCAGCUGCAGCAGCAGCAGCAGGAAGAGGAGGCCUUGCCGUGGCUGCAUCGCCUCUGUUGGGAGAUUGCUGGGGGGCCUGCUGCCCAGGCGAAGCUGCAGCAGCAGCAGCAGCAGCAGCAGGAGCAGCAGCAGGAUGUUCCUGAAGAGCUGAUCCCUGUGUGCCGAGAUGCAGCAGAGCUCAUGGCUGCGGUGCUGGGCACUGUUGCUGCUGCACACGAGAGCGCAGCAGCAGCGGCAGCAGCAGCAGCAGGUGGACCAGCAGAAGCAGCAGCAGAAGCAGCAGUAUCCGAGAGCUUGCUGCAGCUGCUCGGCCCCUCCUGCGUAGCAGACGUACACCGGAUCGCUGCAAGAGCAGCAGCACUAAUAGAUGCAGCAGCAAGGCUUCAGGCUGCUGCUGACACCCAGCAGCAGAAACAGCAGCAACAGCAGCAGCAAAGAAGGGGUCCGACUCUAAUUGGAGCUUCGGUUAAGUUUGCUUCUAAUAAAGGUCGGAAAGGCAGUGGGGCCCCCGGGGGCCCCCGCGGCCUCUUGGGGGCCCUCGCGGAUGCUGGCUACCUCAAACCCCCGAAACCCCCUAAGUCUUCGAGUGAAGCAUUUGAUGAUGCCUGUCUGCUGUCUCCUCGCCGCGCAAUCCGCGGGUGUCUCCCUGAGGGGGCCCGGGUUAAGGAUUCUGCUGCUACGUUUGAAGUGUAUAUACCUCCUGCUAAACCUGCUCCUGUUGACGAGAGUUCUUUGAUAUCAAUUUCUUCGCUUCCUGAGUUUGCACAGGUUGCAUUUUCAGGUGUACGUACACUGAACGCUCGGCAGAGCGUCGUUUACCCCGUUGCAUUUUUAUCUUCUUCAUCUUUUCUUGUUUGUGCACCGACGGGAGCAGGGAAGACAAAUAUUGCCUUAUUAGCGCUGCUGCAGCAACUUAACGAGCACAGACACCUCAAAGGAGGCGCAGCAAAGACACACCCCAGCAGCAGCAGCACCAGCAGCACCAGCAGCAGCAGCAGCAGCAGCAGCAGCAGCAGUGGGGUAGACUGGCACCCUCCUUGUGGGAAGCACUUUAAGGCUGUAUAUAUAGCUCCGUUGAAGUCUCUUGCUGCGGAGAUAACAGAGAAGUUCCAGCGUGCUUUAGGCCCUCUAGGUCGGGGGCACCAAGCAAUGGUGUUCGUACACUCAAGACAAGGGACAGUAGAGACAGCAACAUCUCUUGCGGAUUUAGCAGCAGCUCAGGGUGUUGCAUCUUUAUUUUCUGCAGCAGCAGCACGCCCCACAUCAGCACAGCAGCAGCUGUUGCAGCAGCUACAGCGCAGCUGCCGGUAUAAAGAGUUUCGCUGUCUUGUUGAAAAGGGUUUUGGUACUCAGAUUUAUUCUCCUCAAGAAGGCGGCGAGAAGGAAUUAGGCUUUUUAGAUAUUGCACAGAUAUUUGGGCGUGCAGGACGCCCUCAGUAUGAUUCUAUCGGAGAAGGAGUACUUAUAACAGAUUAUUCGAUGACAAGCAAGUAUAUUCGUCUGCUGUCUGCAGCACUGCCUGUACAGUCGAGGCUUCUAGAAGAUCUUCCGAAUGCUCUUAAUGCAGAAGUUGCAUUGGGGACUGUCUCUUCAAUUAAAGAUGCAGCAGAGUGGCUUCAAUAUUCUUUUCUAUUUGUUCGCAUGCAAUCUCAUCCGGAGGCAUAUGGGGUGUCACGUGCUGCUCUUGAAGAAGACCCUUCUUUGCUGCAGCAGCGGCUUGCCCUUGCUCGUGCUGCUGCUGCUCGGCUUAACAGCAGCAAACUGCUGCGCUACCACAGCAGGACUGGCCGCCUAGACUCUACAGAUUUAGGACGUAUAGCAGCAAAGUUUUAUAUUGAUUACGAGACAGCAGAGACUUUCUCGCGUGGCUUAGAAGCCUCGCCUUUAACUAAUGCAUGCUUCUUUAAGCUAUUAGGUGAGGCAAGGGAUUUCAGCGGAUUGCGCGUACGAAAGGAAGAGACAAAAGAACUAGAUGACCUGCGACAGAGCUCUGCAUGCAGAGUCGCCUUUAAAGGAGACAACGACAGUAUUCCUUGCAAAGUCUCCACAUUGCUGCAGGCUUUACUCUCUCAAGUGUCUCUACAGGCUUCUUCGCUGAUUACAGAUGCUAAUUAUAUUUAUGCAAAUGCGGGGAGACUGGCGAGAGCGCUGCUUACUGCAGCACUUACAGAUAUCAUAGGAAGAACAGAAGAAGCAGCAAAACUCUUAGAAUGGGCAAAGGCUGUUGAGAGAGGCUUCUGGGCUGAUGCAUGCGUCUUGAGACACUUCAUUAACCCUAAUUGCUUCUCCGCAGAUCCUCAAAAGAGACGUUCAUUCCACCAUCAAGACCCCCUGCAGCACGAGCAGCAGCAGCAGCAGCAGCAGCAGCAGCGUGGGCAGAGGGGGAGACAGCGCGUGUUGGUGCGGCCGCAGGCAGUAGCAAAGAUAGAGAAGCUGAGAUUCACGCAGGAGAGGCUAAUGUCUCUGUCUCUUAAAGAGCUGCAGCAGAUAUGCAGCAGCAAAGCAGAUGGAGAAGAUGUUUAUAGUGACCUGCGACAGAGCUCUGCAUGCAGAGUCGCCUUUAAAGGAGACAACGACAGUAUUCCUUGCAAAGUCUCCACAUUGCUGCAGGCUUUACUCUCUCAAGUGUCUCUACAGGCUUCUUCGCUGAUUACAGAUGCUAAUUAUAUUUAUGCAAAUGCGGGGAGACUGGCGAGAGCGCUGCUUACUGCAGCACUUACAGAUAUCAUAGGAAGAACAGAAGAAGCAGCAAAACUCUUAGAAUGGGCAAAGGCUGUUGAGAGAGGCUUCUGGGCUGAUGCAUGCGUCUUGAGACACUUCAUUAACCCUAAUUGCUUCUCCGCAGAUCCUCAAAAGAGACGUUCAUUCCACCAUCAAGACCCCCUGCAGCACGAGCAGCAGCAGCAGCAGCAGCAGCAGCAGCGUGGGCAGAGGGGGAGACAGCGCGUGUUGGUGCGGCCGCAGGCAGUAGCAAAGAUAGAGAAGCUGAGAUUCACGCAGGAGAGGCUAAUGUCUCUGUCUCUUAAAGAGCUGCAGCAGAUAUGCAGCAGCAAAGCAGAUGGAGAAGAUGUUUAUAGGGCUCUGCGCUAUGUACCUCUUGUAGAGACAGAAGUGCGUGUGCAUGCAGUAACCGCUCAUAUCUUACGUGUCUCCGUUGCUGUCUCCUUUGCUGAUUCUUUCAUCUUUAAUGAAGCUGUACAUGGGAGAGGAGAGCCUUUUCAUGUCUGGCUGUCUGAGGCAGACAGCGGGUUGCUGCUGCAUCAGGAGACAGUGCUGCUGCAGCGGCAGCACCAGAGGCAGCAGCAGCAACUCGUCUUUGCUGUCCCCUUGCAUGAUCCUGCUUCACAGACGCAAUUUGUUGUAGAUGUAGUUAGUGAUAGAUGGCUAACAGCAGACAAUGAUGAAGAAGACAUAGACCCUAACAAAGCAGAUCUCUUUAUCUGUACACCUGAGAAGUGGGAUGGGCUGUCGAGACAGUGGAGAACGAGGGCCUUUGUCUCUGCUGUGGGGCUUCUUAUUAUUGACGAGAUUCAUCUUCUAGGACAAGAAAGAGGCCCUGUCCUUGAAGCUAUUGUGAGCCGCAUGCGUUUUGUGCGAAGCCAACGGGGCUUUUGCAUGCGUUUGGUGGGGCUUUCUACUGCUCUUGCAAAUGCUGAAGAUGUCGCUAGUUGGAUGGGGAUCGGGCGUGUAGGGCUGUUUAGCUUCCGCCCAGCAGUUAGGCCUGUCCCUUGUACUGUUCAUAUUGCAGGGUUUGCUCAAAAGGCGUUUUGCCCGCGAAUGGCAGCAAUGAACAAACCUACAUUUGAUGCAAUGAUGACGCAUGCAGUCGUAGAGGGCCCUGGAGACAGUCUCCUUGGGGAGAACCAGGGGGUGUACAGCACAGGCGGUUCCAGUAGUGCUGCUACUGCUCCUCCUCCUGCUGCUGCUCCAGCUGCUGCUCCUGCUGCUGCUGCUGCUGCAGCAGCAAGGCUGAGGCCCGUGCUUGUCUUCGUAGCCUCCAGGAGACAGACCCGACUCACUGCUCGUGAGUUAAUUGCUCUGCAGCACAUGCAUGAUGGUAGCGUCGCUUUUCUUUGUCUACACACUGAGGAGCAGCAAACGGAGUUCGCUAAGGCGCUCAAACAAGUCAAAGACUCGACUCUGCGUUCGGUGCUGCUGCACGGGGUGGCGAUACACCACGCGGGGUUGGCGCCUUCAGAUCGAAACAUCGCUGCACAUCUUUUUUCUCUCGGCUGUGUUCGGGUCUUAGUCGCUUCAGCAACUCUUGCCUGGGGUCUUAACUUACCCGCAAGACUCGUCGUCAUCAAGGGGACAGAAUACUUUGAUGGUAAAACAAAGCGCUAUACAGACAUGCCCGUCACUGACAUCCUGCAGAUGAUUGGUCGCGCUGGGCGUCCUCAGUUUGACAGAGAGGCGGUGGCUGUGGUGUUAUGUCAGGAAAGUAAAAAAGGGUUUUUAAAACGCUUUCUUUAUUCUCCUUUUCCUGUUGAGUCUUGCCUUCACCUUUGUCUUCCGGAGCAUCUCAAUGCAGAGAUCGUAGCUGGCACUAUUCAAACCAAAAGCAUGGCCGUCGAUUACCUCAGCUGGACCUACUUCUUCAGGCGCUUGGCAGCGAAUCCUGGGUACUACAGCUCGGAGUUGUUAGCUGAGGAUUGCCGAGGGGGUGGCGCUGCAGCAGCAGAGCGGCGUCGGGCCUUUAUAGCAAAGUUUGUAGACAGGCUUGUGAAUUCUUCGUUAGAUACUCUACUAGAGCUAGGGUGCAUUUCGUUGCGUAUGCCGGAGCCCUGGGAGCUGCCAGACGCAGCAGAAGCAGCAGCAACAGCAGCAGCAGCAGACGGAAAGGCGGCAGCAGCUGAGGGCCAGGAACCACCUCUCACGGGCUUCCGUCUCGUGCUGCAGCAGCAGCAGAAGGAGAAGGAGCAGCAGCGUCUAUUUGAACCCAUUAUAGAGCCCACUGCUCUAGGAAGAAUUGCUUCUUUUUAUUACAUAAACCCCAAGACAGCGAAACUAAUUAAAGACAAAAUGCAGCCAGAGGGGCCCCCCCUCUCCUUUAUCGACAUUCUAAGGCUCCUCACGGACUCAGAGGAAUUCAGUCAAAUGCCACUGAGACACAACGAGGAGAUUCACAACGCGCAGCUUGCUCGCAUCUGUCCCUUACCCGUAGUGGGGGACAGCUACGAUAGCCCUCAUACAAAGACAUUUUUGCUCCUGCAGGCUCGUUUGUUCAAGCGGCCUCUUCCUGUCACUGACUACUUAACUGACCUCAAGAGCGCGAUGGACAACUCCAUGCGUGUUAUACAGGCCAUGAUUGACGUGGCAGCUGAGGAGGCGCAGCUGCAGUACGCGCUGUACACCAUCCUGCUGCUGCAGUGUAUACGCAGCUCUACGCAUCCUGCACGCAGCAGUCUCUUCUGUCUUCCUCACAUAACAGACGCAGCAGAAGCAGCGCUACAACAACAAGGAAUCCUCUCCCUUGCCCACCUACUGGAGAACAAAUCUGCGUCCCUCGCUUUAACUCGUGCUGGGCUGCAGCCAAGAGAAAGAGACGAAGUUUUGGCUUCUCUCUCUCGCAUCCCUCGCAUGCGCAUGAGGUGGUUUCUUUUUGCUGCGGCAGCACCAGCAAACGCUGCUGCAACAGAAGCAACCGCAGCAGCAGAUGCAGCAGAUGCAGAAGCAGAACAGGAAGAUGUCACCUUUACUCGCUUUGAACCCCAGGUUAUCCGGGGACCCGACGGGGAGCCCACACGGGCUUAUUUAGUUCCUGCAGGAGCGGAUUUGCAGCUGGAGAUACACCUGAGGGACUUGGGCCCUGUUGCAGGAGGGGCCUCCAACGGCAAGGCAGCAAACCCUGCCCCUCGGUCUAGCUGGUUUGUUAUUCUGGGAGACCCUGAUGAGGCAGCAGAUGAGUUGGUGGCGCUGCGCCGCGUGCGGAUGCGUCCCUUCGGGCGCAGCAAAUUAACACUUGAGUUUUCUGCACCGGAAGAGAAGGAGGAGAUCUUCUCUCUUUCUCUUUAUUUAUGCAGCGACGCCUACAUCGGCAUAGAUCAAGAAGAUAAAACGGGGCUUUGUUGUGCUUGCAUGCAAGGUUACCUCUCAGCAUUAGUUGCAGGCGGCCCAUACUGCUUCCUCUCUCCCCAAACUCUGUCUACUGAGCCACUGUGGUCAGAAGACCUGGGCUGUUGCAGUAGCAACAGCCUGGGCGAGCCUCCUCCCUGUGACGAGCAGCAGCAGCAGCAAAAGCAGGAGGCACGCCGCUCACGGGCAGCAGCGGCAGAAGCAGCAGCGGCAGCAGCAGGAAUAACAGGAGCAGCAGGAGCGCAAGACUGGUCUCAUGUCGUGGGGAAGAUGAGGGGCUUAAGGAUCUUGUUGCUGCUGCAUUUCCUGCUGCUGUUGGUGGCGCAUGCAGCAGCAGCAUCAGAUGGAUCUGAAGCGGAAGGGAGUAUUGCAGCUGCAUCUUCUUCAGUAGAUGGAGACGAUGGAUUUGAUGGAGAAGCAGGAGACAGCGAUGUUGAUGGCAGCAGCAGAGACACCCCGACUAUGGAGACUGGGCAGCCUACGCUGCUGGACCUCAUGCGUGCUGCCCGUCUUGAAAGAACUCUUAUAAACAAGCCUAGAGGAAGAAAGACAGGCAUUUCUGCUUAUAUUAAUUCUACACAAAUCAUGGCUGUCAUUGUCACUGAGCUAACGCUGAAGAUGUCUCGCCAGGCACGAUGGUUUAAGCCGCGAUAUGCGGCGUACACUGCAACGGAUGGGCAUAUCUACGCGGUUACGUUGGACUUCAGGGGUUUGGAGCGCGUGGUGCUGCCCAAGAGGUACUCACAGCAAGUAAGCAGUUGA